CCACAGUUUCCAUUGAACAUGGCUGAGUUAUCGUUUCGAUAAUUCGAUACUUUUAUAAAGGUUAGGCUACGACGAAUAAAAAAUUACAAAUAAAAUAGUCAAUAUUGCAAAUAUUUCUACGGAAAAAUGUUUAUGUUUCCAGAACCACCUCCACUCGAUUAUUAUAUAACCGAUAUCUCGUCGUCUUAUUCGGCGGACGGCAUAUUUUAUCACGGACGAGCAGCUGCCGGUCAUAAACAUAUUGCCAAGCAACUAAAACCGAUCAAAAGAACUUUACGCGACCCGAUAGCGCCGCCGCAGGAAUUAGAUUCGCGUACUUUAAGCCGGAUUCUUCAGAAGGAGAAGGGAGGAUACGUGAAUCCUUGCGGCAAGGAUGAUGGAAUGGUUUACGAUAUUCUUAAAUGGAUGCCCAAAUGGAAACGGAAGGGAAGAGAAAAAUUUUCCUUCUCCACGUUUCCACGAUCGCAGCAGUACGAAUUAUCCCACAUCCGCGAGACACAAUCGAAAAAAUCAGGAAAAUGUAAAACGACGGAGACAAAACGCGAGGAAAAAGAGGAAGAAGAAAUCAAAACGGACAAGGAACCGUGCGAUUUCUUGGAACCUCCGAUUUGGUGGAAAGGCGAAACCGGGAAACCAAGAGCUCUUCCGGUGGGGAAUAUAGACGAUUAUACGUUUGAACGAGCAGCGGAUCGAGAUCACGCCGAUAUGAAAAUCAGCGAGAAACUUCACAUGGAUCAUCCGAAGAAAUACAUACCCGGUGUCAUUCAUCGGAUAAAGAAUCCAGAAGAUACUAGUAUGAAGGAUGUCCUCGAGCAAGCAGAUGCUUUCAAACAUGUGCUGAGAAAUGUUGAAAGCCUGCCAAAAGAUAGUCCACCUGUUGACAGAUGUAUCUGCCCUCCUCAGAAACGUCUUCGCGAUUCAAAGUUGGAUAAAGAUUUGUUAAUAAUUCAUACAACGCCUUGUGAUAACGAUCACCGAUGGCAACCCGUCUACGAGAGCACAAGUAUUUUUACGACCGAUGCAGAACGACAAAAGGAACUGCGAAAAUUAACCCGACCUUUCUUGCACGACUUACAUAUCUGGUAUUCGAGGAAUAAACCAACGAAAGUGAGGAAUUAAAAUUCUUUAGCCGAGCAAAGCUUCUGGAUCAGCUACCGUAAUCGGCUACGUUCAAAUUGCACGCAAGUAGGCUAAAAACAUACACGCAUUAGGCUAAAAGGAAAUAUUAUCAUGACCGAUAGCAAAUCAGUAAUAAGACAGUUACGAAACGCGUGGCACAGCUGUGACAGAAAAGCUGCUUCGACGAAUCUUAGACGUGUAUGUUAUUCAAUUAACAUCGCUAACCUUUGUUGAACCUCUGUUUUGUUUCGUAUUUCAAUCGAGCGAAAUGGAUAUUCAAUUUACACGCCACUCCGUAAACGAGUAGUUUUUAUUUCGUAAAAUUAAUUCGUCGCGUAGUCCUACGAUUAAAUUACGUCUACACCCUACGAUGCGAUUACGUUUCUUUUCUGCAUGAUGCUUGCGAAUUCCAGAAAACGACGCAGCCAUUAUGUCAGCAAGAAUAAUGUUACGGUUUCACGGAGAUCUAGUUCAAAAUUUGCAUGUUUUCGUAGCUAUUUCAUGUUGAAAUAAACAAUUUUGUCUCACACGUGGUAUUUCCCGCGCAUUCCGUUUAACUAGUUAACCUCUUUUCGAUAAUAAUCGAAGAAUCGACUCAACGCUCGAUCAUGCGCAUACGUUUGCACGAAAAAUUAUAAUUUUUCGUUCAUUCAUUGAUCGAUGUAAUGUCACAUUGCGUGUUUCAUGCCAUUUAUCGUAACGUUUACAAAAGAUAGUAUCAGAUAUUACGUAACACGUUUAUAAUUCUAAUCGCGCUUAACAGUAAUCUGAUACCGUUUAUAGACCGAGUAAUGAAAGAAAAUGUGAACAUAAAUCUUGUUCAAUUUUAUCGCCAUAAUAUUGACAUACGAAAUUUUAAGCAAAAUUUAAUGUGCUGUACAUCGGUAACGGUUUAAAUUUUCAUCGAUUAUCGACGUAGAUGUUUGACAUUUUAAUCGUUUAAAUCACACGGUCAUUUGACGGUGACACGCCAGUCAGAAUUUCAUCAUAUGGUUUUUAACCACGUGCUUGUCUAACCAGCUUAAUAUCAAAACCGCGCCUUUACAGUGGAUAUCGUUUUAUUCAGUACAUCAAAACAAGCAACAAACUCUACUAACCAAUUCAUCAAACCAUAGUAAAUUUGUUGAACAAGUGAAUAAACGAACCUUUAUGAAGAACGGAAAUAUUAAGCAUCGCUCUUCCAAACAUCUUGAUCUCGUAUUUUCUCCUCGAUAACCUUGUAGUUCGGUAAUGAAAAUAAAACUGAUUGGUUAGUCACAUGAUCACGGUGGCCAUAGAUCAGGGGGUAAUAAUUUUAAAACAGCGGAAAAUACUGUGGCAGAAUUCGAUUGCGAUGGGGGAAGGAGGAGGAUGUUCGACCUCUGGCGGUUGGUCGACGAAACGCGUAGGACGCUCUUCCGGGGACUAAAGUUUUCAGUUUAUUCUUGCACGGCGUGCGUCUCUAACGGCAGUCUCUUUCGGGCGGUCGAUGUUCGCGGCGGUAUACGCCGGUACGUGUAGUAAGAAGCCAUUGGAUGCAUCGUGAAUUUUGUUGUGUUGAAUUUACGCUGCAAUUAAUUUAUUAAACAUCGUUACUGUGCGUACCGGCGUUUGCCUGAAAUGAAGUAACAUCAAACGGCAGGAUUCAACCGUACGCACCACGUUUUCUUUCCUACACCGUAUAAAACAUAAG